AUGGACAAUCCAGGGUAUGGAGUGCAACCGGUGGCAACUGAACCAGGGAUAACCGUUACCGACCUGACCGUGGAGCGAGACGGGUUCCGGGCCCUGUACAACGUCAACUUCCAUAUCGGCCCCAGCAACCUGGUGGGCGUGGUUGGGCCCAACGGCGCCGGCAAGAGCACCCUGUUCGACGCCGUCGCCGGUAUCCUCCCCAUCGCCCGGGGCUCAGUUGAGUUGCAUGGCACCAAGGGCCGCCCCGGGGCGCUGGCCUACGUGCCCCAGCGCGACAAUAUCAACCUGCGCUUUCCCGCCACCGUCCAGGACGUGGUCAUGAUGGGCCGUUACUGCCACCUGGGCCUGUUCCGGCACGCCGGCCGCAAGGACCGGGCAAUUGUCCGGGCUUGCCUGGAACGCGUUGGUUUGUGGGAGCGCCGGGACGCUCUGAUUGAGGAAAACUCCGGCGGCCAGCGCCAGCGGGUCUUCAUCGCCCGGGCCCUGGCCCAGGAAGCCAGCAUCAUCCUGUUGGACGAGGCCUUCAGCGGCGUGGACGUGGGAGCCCAGGAAGGCAUCAUCGAAGUGCUCCAGUCCCUGCGCGACGAGGGCAAAGUGGUGAUGCUGGCCACCCACGACCUGACCAACCUGGCCGAGCGCUUCGACCAGAUUAUCUGCAUCAACCGUCACAUUUGCGCCUACGGGCCGCCGGCGGAGGCAUUCACUCCGGCGGUGCUGGAGGAGCUUUACGGCUCCCACGGAAUGGUCCUGGCCCACACCCAUGCCGGCGGCGAAACUCAUAUCGAGACCCACAUGCAGAAUGAGUAA